AUUAAAAAAAUAAUGGGUUUGCAGAUGGCAGCCACUUUUGUUGCAGCCAACUUCCUUGUAACGUUGUUGCUUAUCUGGACACCAGCGCCCGUCGAUGCAGUCCAUGCAAAUUUUUCGGAGUUUCCUUAUAUACAAUAUCUGACACAUCCACCGGAGAUCAUCAGGAAGCCGCAGAAUCAGGGUGUGCGUGUUGGAGGCGUGGCCAGUUUCUAUUGUGCGGCACGCGGCGAUCCUCCGCCAUCGAUAGUUUGGCGCAAGAACGCCAAAAAAGUAUCGGGCACUCAAUCGCGCUACACGGUGCUGGAGCAGCCUGGUGGUAUCUCCAUAUUACGCAUUGAACCCGUUCGAGCUGGGCGCGAUGAUGCGCCCUAUGAGUGCGUGGCGGAGAACGGGGUGGGCGAUGCCGUAUCCGCAGUUGCAACUUUAACCAUCUAUGAAGGCGAUAAAACACCCGCGGGCUUUCCGGUUAUAACACAGGGCCCGGGCACACGCGUCAUUGAGGUGGGCCACACAGUCCAAAUGCAGUGCAAAGCCAUCGGCAAUCCCACGCCCAACAUCUACUGGAUCAUAAACCAGACCAAGGUGGAUAUGACCAAUCCGCGAUAUUCUAUAAACAACGGUGUCUUGUCAAUCAACAACAGUCGCGAAGAGGAUCAGGGCAAAUACGAAUGCGUUGCAGAGAAUUCGAUUGGAACAGAGCAUUCGAAGGCCACACAUUUGUAUGUGAAAGUGCGUCGCGUUCCUCCCACUUUCUCACGCCCACCAGAGUCCAUCAGCGAAGUGAUGCUGGGCGCAAAUCUGAAUCUGUCCUGUAUUGCCGUUGGCUCACCCAUGCCACACGUCAAAUGGAUAAAGGGCGCACAAGAUCUGACACCGGAGAAUGAUAUACCCAUAGGUCGAAAUGUGCUGGAGCUGAGUAAUAUACAGGAGAGCGCGAAUUUCACCUGCAUAGCUGCCUCCUCGCUGGGUCAGAUUGAAGCCGUAUCCGUGGUCAAAGUACAAUCACUGCCCACGGCGCCAACGGACGUGCAAAUCUCUGAGGUGACCGCCACCUCAGUGCGCCUGGAGUGGUCCUACAAGGGACCCGAGGAUCUGCAGUACUACGUCAUCCAGUACAAGCCGAAGAAUGCGAAUCAGGCCUUCAGCGAGAUAAGCGGCAUUAUAACCAUGUACUAUGUGGUGCGCGCCCUCAGCCCCUAUACGGAAUACGAGUUCUAUGUGAUAGCUGUGAAUAAUAUAGGACGUGGUCCGCCCUCGGCGCCGGCGACCUGCACCACCGGUGAGACAAGCGAUUUCUCAUUUGGUGGCACAAAAAUGGAAAGUGCGCCACGUAAUGUGCAAGUGCGUCCGUUGAGCUCUUCAACGAUGGUUAUUACUUGGGAGCCACCAGAGACGCCCAAUGGACAAGUGACCGGCUACAAGGUGUACUACACAACCAAUUCGAAUCAGCCAGAGGCCUCCUGGAACUCCCAAAUGAUUGAUAAUAGCGAACUGACAACCGUAUCGGAGCUGACACCUCAUGCCAUUUACACGGUGCGAGUGCAGGCGUACACCUCAAUGGGAGCCGGUCCCAUGUCCACUCCGGUGCAGGUGAAGACACAGCAAGGUGUGCCAUCACAACCGAGCAAUUUCCGGGCCACUGAUAUCGGCGAGACCGCAGUCACAUUGCAGUGGUCCAAGCCGACGCAUUCCAGCGAGAAUAUUGUACAUUAUGAGCUCUACUGGAAUGACACAUACGCCAAUCAGGAUCAUCACAAGCGCAUCUCGAACUCAGAGUCCUAUACGCUUGAUGGUUUGUAUCCUGAUACCCUGUACUAUAUCUGGCUAGCAGCACGUUCGCAGCGCGGCGAAGGCGCCACUACACCCCCCAUACCCGUUCGUACCAAGCAAUAUGUACCAGGUGCACCGCCACGCAAUAUCACGGCCAUUGCGAACAGCUCGACAACAAUCUCACUUAGCUGGCUGCCUCCGCCUGCGGAGCGCUCGAACGGGCGCAUCAUUUACUAUAAGGUGCUGUUCGUCGAGGUGGGUCGCGAGGACGACGAGGCGUCCACACUCACGCUGAACAUGACCAAAAUUGUGCUCGACGAGCUGAAGCGCUGGACCGAGUACAAGAUCUGGGUGCUCGCCGGCACCUCGGUGGGCGACGGUCCGCGCUCCCAUCCGAUCAUAAUUCGCACCCAAGAGGAUGUGCCCGGAGAUCCGCAGGAUGUGAAGGCCACACCUCUGAACUCCACAUCGAUACACGUGAGCUGGAAACCGCCACUGGAAAAGGAUCGCAACGGCAUCAUAAGAGGCUAUCAUAUACACGUCCAGGAAAUGCGAGAUGAGGGCAAGGGUUUUCUUAACGAACCCUUCAAGUUCGAUGUCGUCGAAACGUUGGAAUACAGCGUUACCGGACUGCAGCCCGACACCAAGUACUCGAUUCAAGUGGCCGCAUUGACGCGCAAGGGAGAUGGGGAUCGCAGUGUGGCGGUGAUUGUGAAAACGCCCGGAGGUGUGCCCGUGCGUCCGACGGUAAGUCUGAAGAUCAUGGAGCGGGAGCCCAUUGUCUCCAUUGAGCUGGAGUGGGAGCGUCCGGCGCAGACGUACGGCGAGCUGCGUGGCUAUCGAUUGCGAUGGGGCGUCAAGGAUCAGGUGCUCCAAGAGGAAAUGCUCUCGGGACCCCAAAUGACCAAGAAGCGGUUUAACGAUCUCGAACGUGGUGUGGAAUACGAGUUUCGUGUGGCGGGCAGCAAUCACAUUGGCAUUGGUCAGGAGACGGUCAAGAUCUUCCAGACGCCCGAGGGAUCGCCUGCCGAAGCGCCCUCGAACAUAACCAAGCGCUUCCAGACACCCGACGUUGUCUGCGUCACCUGGGAUCCGCCGCCGCGAGAUAAGCGCAAUGGCCAGAUCACGCGCUAUGAUGUGCAGUUCCACAAGAAGAUCGAUCACGGCCUGGGCUCCGAGCGCAACAUGACGCUCCGCAAGGCGGUCUUUACCAACCUCGAGGAGAACACCGACUACAUCUUUCGUGUGCGCGCCUACACGAAACAGGGCGCUGGUCCUUUUAGUGAAAAGAUGAUUGUGUCAACGGAACGCGAUAUGGGACGUGCCCCGAUGUCGGUGCAAGCGGUGGCUACCUCCGAGCAGACGGCUGAAAUCUGGUGGGAGCCAGUGCCCAGUCGUGGCAAACUGCUCGGCUAUAAGAUCUUUUACACCAUGACCGCUGUGGAGGAUCUCGAUGACUGGCAGACAAAGACGGUGGGUCUAACUGAGUCAGCGGAUCUGGUGAACCUAGAGAAGUUCGCUCAAUAUGCCGUCGCGAUUGCAGCGAGGUUCAAGAACGGACUGGGUCGCCUCAGCGAGAAGUUAACGGUGCGCAUAAAGCCCGAAGAUGUACCACUCAAUCUGCGUGCCCACGACGUCAGCACACACUCCAUGACACUGUCCUGGUCGCCGCCCAUACGCCUCAAUCCCGUAAACUACAAGAUCAGCUUCGAUGCGAUGAAGGUGUUUGUGGAUUCGCAGGGUUUCUCCCAAACGCAAGGGGUAACGAAGCGCGAGAUCAUCCUCAAACACUUUGUGAAGACGCACACAAUCAACGAGCUGAGUCCCUUUACCACAUACAAUGUAAAUGUGAGCGCGAUUCCCUCCGAUUACUCUUACAGACCCCCGACAAAGAUUACUGUGACCACACAAAUGGCCGCACCACAGCCCAUGGUAAAGCCCGAUUUCUAUGGCGUGGUGAACGGGGAGGAGAUUCUAGUCAUAUUGCCUCAGGCAUCCGAGGAGUAUGGUCCGAUCUCGCACUAUUAUCUCGUUGUCGUCCCAGAGGAUAAAUCCAAUCUGCACAAGAAUCCCGACCAGUUUCUCACCGAUGACCUGCUGCCUGGUCGCAACAAACCGGAGCGUCCGAAUGCACCGUAUAUAGCAGCUAAGUUUCCGCAACGCUCCAUACCCUUCACCUUCCACCUGGGUUCGGGCGAUGACUACCACAACUUUACCAAUCGCAAGCUGGAACGCGAGAAACGCUAUAGGAUCUUUGUGCGUGCCGUGGUAGAUACGCCGCAGAAGCAUCUGUAUACCUCGAGCCCCUUCUCCGAGUUCCUGUCGCUGGACAUGCGCGAGGCACCGCCAGGCGAACGUCCGCAUCGCCCUGAUCCCAACUGGCCCUCGGAGCCGGAGGUUUCGGUCAAUCGCAACAAGGAUGAGCCCGAAAUCCUGUGGGUGGUGCUGCCACUAAUCGCCGCCUUUGUCGUCUCAACGACACUGAUUGUUCUCUAUGUGGUGCGCCGUCGUCGGCAACCCUGCAAAACACCCGAUCAAGCGGCCGUAACGCGUCCCUUGAUGGCCGCCGAUCUGGGCGCCGGACCGACACCCAGUGAUCCGGUGGAUAUGCGAAGACUGAACUUCCAAACGCCCGGCAUGAUCUCGCAUCCGCCCAUUCCCAUAUCGGAGUUUUCCAAUCACAUCGAGCGCUUGAAGUCGAAUGACAAUCAGAAGUUCUCGCAGGAGUACGAGAGCAUCGAGCCGGGUCAGCAGUUCACCUGGGACAACUCCAACUGCGAGCACAACAAGUCGAAGAAUCGCUAUGCGAAUGUCACCGCCUACGACCACUCACGCGUACAGCUGCCUCCGCAGGAGGGCGUCCUCGGCUCGGAUUAUAUUAAUGCCAACUACUGUGAUGGCUAUCGGAAGCAUAAUGCCUAUGUCGCCACCCAGGGACCGUUGCAGGAGACCUUUGCGGACUUUUGGCGCAUGUGCUGGGAACUCAAAACGGCGACAAUUGUGAUGAUGACCCGGUUGGAGGAACGAACGCGCAUUAAGUGCGAUCAGUAUUGGCCCACAAGGGGCACUGAGACAUACGGUCAGAUCUUUGUGACCAUCACCGAAACGCAAGAGCUGGCCACCUAUAGCAUACGCACUUUCCAGCUGGUCCGGCAGGGCUUUAACGAUCGCAGAGAGGUUAAGCAGCUGCAGUUUACGGCCUGGCCCGAUCACGGUGUGCCCGAUCAUCCUGCACCAUUCCUGCAGUUCCUGCGCCGUUGUCGCGCCUUGACGCCACCCGAGUCGGGACCGGUUGUGGUGCACUGUUCGGCUGGAGUGGGUCGCACUGGCUGCUAUAUUGUGAUCGACUCGAUGCUGGAACGCAUGAAGCACGAGAAGAUCAUCGAUAUCUAUGGCCAUGUGACAUGCCUGCGUGCCCAGCGCAACUACAUGGUGCAGACGGAGGAUCAGUACAUCUUCAUACACGACGCCAUAAUAGAAGCCAUCAUCUGUGGCCUCACCGAGGUCGCCGCUCGCAAUCUGCACACCCAUCUGCAAAAGCUCCUCACCACCGAGCCGGGCGAGAGUAUUUCGGGCAUGGAGGUGGAAUUCAAAAAGCUAUCCAAUGUCAAAAUGGACUCCUCCAAAUUUGUCACGGCCAAUCUAGCAUGCAACAAGCACAAGAAUCGUCUCGUUCACAUUCUGCCCUACGAGUCGAGUCGCGUCUAUUUGACGCCCAUCCAUGGCAUCGAAGGCAGCGACUAUGUCAACGCCAGCUUUAUCGAUGGCUAUCGCUAUAGGUCUGCUUACAUCGCUGCUCAGGGACCAGUGCAGGACACCGCUGAGGACUUUUGGCGCAUGCUCUGGGAGCACAACUCCACCAUAGUUGUUAUGCUAACCAAACUCAAGGAAAUGGGCAGGGAGAAAUGCUUCCAGUACUGGCCCCAUGAGCGCUCUGUUCGCUAUCAGUAUUAUGUUGUCGAUCCAAUUGCCGAGUACAAUAUGCCUCAGUACAAGCUGCGCGAGUUUAAGGUGACCGAUGCACGUGAUGGCUCCUCGCGUACUGUGCGUCAGUUCCAGUUCAUCGACUGGCCCGAGCAGGGAGUGCCCAAGUCGGGUGACGGCUUCAUCGAUUUCAUUGGGCAGGUGCACAAGACCAAGGAACAGUUUGGCCAGGAUGGCCCCAUAACGGUGCACUGCUCGGCGGGCGUUGGACGCUCCGGUGUCUUUAUUACUCUAAGCAUUGUUCUGGAGCGGAUGCAAUACGAGGGUGUGCUGGAUGUAUUCCAAACUGUGCGCAUACUGCGCUCCCAGCGACCAGCCAUGGUGCAAACGGAGGAUCAGUAUCAUUUUUGCUAUCGCGCUGCUUUGGAGUAUUUGGGCUCAUUCGACAACUAUGCAAACUGAGUAGACGGAGCAGGAGCAGUUGGAGGAUUUGGAGAGUCUGGAGUCCAGGCUACAGAGCAAAAACGUUGUUAACUUUAAGUUAAUGUUAUAUGUUGCAUGUACGUUUGCAACUGUACGCAUAAUACGCAUUUACGAUAUACACGGAUACCUUAACUUUAAAGUAUUAUAGCCAGAUACUGCCCCCAAACUUACAUACUUUUAAAAUAAUUUUGUAUUCAAGUUGUAAUCAUUUUCGAUUCUAUUUUGAUUAGUGUUUUGGUUUUUGCCUUUUGGUUUAACUCGGUCUUUGUUUUAAUUUUGAAUAAUGUGAACUCAAAAAGACUGUUACACGUUUAAUGAUCAGUAAUUUAUACUUAUGUGCAUAC